AAUACGUGCUGUAGCCUGGCAACAGUGCCUAAACAAAAGGCUCGCAGCUAGCGGGCCGUUUUAGCUGGCUGGGUUCAAGAUGAGCCGACCCAGCAGUGGCCAUGAUGAAAAAGAGGUCAACCAAAAUCGAGACUCAGGAGGUCAUCUCUCUGUGUUUACCAAUACUCACCCCACAGCAGCAGCAGCGAGUCUUGAAACAAAUCUGUUGUCCGUCUUCAAGAAAGACACUCAGGCCAGGAAAGUUUACCUCGCGGGGAGAGAGUAUUACAGCGAGGAGGGGAAGACCUUUGAAUUGCGCCUCAUUGGGAAAAUAAAGCAACAGUUAAGCUCUGAUCCCACUCAUCGUCCAGAGUAUCCAUCUUCUCUCGGGCUAUCUGAAUUCACCAGGCGAGCCACAGAGGCUGCUUUGGGGAGGAGCUCUCGGGCUAUAGUGGAGAAUCGGGCGUUAGGUGUCCAAACUCCUGGUUUUACUGCUGCUGUGCGUCUUGGGGCUGAACUCUUGAGACACUGGUAUGAUAUCAGUGCUGCUUGGUGUGGGCCAGUCUACCUGUCUUCCCCUUGUGAUGACUCACUGGCUGGUAUCUUCCAGGCUGCAGGGAUCCAAGAUAUCCGUGAGUAUUAUUACUGGGAUGAUAAGCAGCGGGGCGUUUGUUUGGAGAAGCUUCUGGAGGAUCUGGAGAGGGCUCCUGAGCGAAGUGUUGUUGUUCUGUCGGCAUCUGCCCACUACCCAACCGGAGCUGAUCUCUCUCAGAAUCAAUGGGCCGUGAUUACACAACUCUUGAUGAGGCGCAGGCUUUUCCCUUUCCUCUUGCUGCCUGCUCAGGCGCUCUGCUCUGGAGAUUUAGAGCGGGAUGCGUGGCCUGUACAGCACUGUGCAUCGCAGGGGAUGGACCUCCUUUGCGCUCAGUCGUUCUCCCACUGCUUUGGCCUAUACGGUGAGGCUGUUGGACACCUCCUGUGUGUCUUAAAGCAGAACUCCCUCCUGUUAUCUGUGCAGUCUCAAGCAGACAAAGCAGUCAGAUCACUGUGGGCCCAGCCAUCUGUAGGAGGAGCACAUGUCGUUGCCACAGUCCUCAGUAACCCAGCCCAUCUUGUUGAGUGGAAGGGAGAGGUUAGGCACAUUGUUGAGAGAUGUAUGCUGAUCAGAGACAUUCUGAAAGAAAAGCUGAGGCUUUUGGGUACUCCAGGCUGCCAGGACCACCUGACUCAACAGGGUGGACUCUACUGUUGCACAGGCUUGAAUGAUCAGCAGGUGGAAUUUCUGUCAAAGAGGAGACAUGUGUACCUCCUUCCUGGUGGCUGUCUAAAUGUGAGUGCAAUCAAUGGCCGUAACCUGGAAUAUGUAGCUGAGUCCAUCCAUCUGGCGCUGACCACUUCACUCUGACCAUGUGGCUUUUGAUUGAGAUCUGAAAUCAGUGCAAGGGGGUUUUUCAGCCUCACUGUAAAAUAUUCAGAUUGACCCUUUCAUAUAUCACAUUAAAUUGUUCUGUUUAGAAAAAUGCAAUUGCUUAUUGAACUGCCGCUGACUUUUCAUCAUUCAGCCAUUAGUAACUGUAUCAGAGAUCAGGGUGUGAUGUCCUUUCAGGUGAGAUACACAAGCCAGGGAUGUGUUCAUGUGUCCUGCAAUAGGUCAGCCAUGUUAGGGUAAAACAAUAUGACAGCAAUGCAGUGAACCUUUUGUUAAAAUUUUGUUUCUUUACCUUCUUGGUGUCUGCAGCAAAACACUGCUAGUUACUCAAAGAGUUACAGACUUCAUUGUAUAUUUAUAUAUUCAAAUUUUAGGCUAUAGCCAGCAGCGGGCUAGCUCCCCUUAGCUUGUUAGCUUGACUCUGUGAAACAGUAACAUCACCUCUAAAGAUUUAAGUUCACAUGUUUCACCUGGUUUCUUUAAUUCAUAAAAAAAACUUAUAAUGUCAGCUUCUAAUUUCCAUUCCUGGAAGCAUGGCCAGUUUAUCCUUUAGACAAAGCCAGGCUAGCUAAUAAUAAGUAUAAUUUAUGUAUAUUUAUAUUAUAUAUUCCUAUGUAAUUAUUCCAUAAUGUAUAAUGGACAUGUCUGUGAUUAAUGUCAUGACUUUUGACAUGUGAGGCAUUUUAUAUUAAAUUGAUUUGACUUGUGUUA